AAUCCACCUCUCGCGAUUUCAGUGAUUUGAAAGCUGAAAACAUACAGUUUAAUAAAACAUACAGAGAUUCUUUUGUUAGUUCAAUAAUGGAGUUAAUUUAAUGUAGUUAUAAUCAAACCAUUUGAGCCUUUUUUGUUACCGGUUGCUGCGGCGUUCAGACGUGUCCAAAACAAUCACAAUGUCGAAGGGAUCAAAACGGUGGUUCCGUUCAGCCUUCGACGAUAUCGACAGUGCUGUCCCGCCGAAGGAGGGUCGAAUUAAGCUCGACGAAACAUCUGUGACUAAGAAAAAGAAAAUAUCCAAUUCUAUAAACAAAACUUUACCAAUCUCCAAUAGCGGGAUGCAUUCCAAUAGCGUAAAUACCAACUAUGGCAUCUCCAAAGCGAUAGAUUGGUCUGUUGAUUUGGCUCCGAAAACGGUUUCUGAUUUGGCCAUUCAUCAAAAGAAGAUAGAGGAGUUACAACAGUGGUUUCAAACGUACGCACGGCUAAAGGAGACUGAUCCGGUUGCCAUUCUGCUAGUAUCAGGUCCACCAGGUUGUGGCAAAAGCACAGCCGUGAAGACGAUAGCCGCCGGUCUAGGUUACCAGGUAGCAGAGUGGACCACACCUGUCGAUGUGGAACUAUAUUUUCGGGAUGAUUUUGAUUUUGAAGGUGCUCCUGGUGAACAGCUCACUUGUCGAGAAAAUCAGAGACAACAGUUUGAUAAGUUUCUUUACAAAACAUCUCGCUACUGUUCUAUAUUUGAAACAGAAAUCGAGCGCAAGCUGUUGUUGGUGAAAGAUUUACCAAAUAUAUUUCUGCGGGAUCCUGAAGCAUUUCGCAGUUCCUUGGAGGCCUUCCAGGAUGCAGGAGCCUCACCAUUGGUUUUUAUAGCAACCGAUACAUCUAGUAAAAAACUGGAUAUUGUAUAUAACCUCUUUCCGCCUGCAGUAAUGCAUGAAUUUAAAAUUCAUCACAUUACAUUGAACAGUGUGUCGACUACGUUAAUGCGAAAAGCCGUUAAACGGAUCACUUCUCUAAUGAGUCGGCCCGAUAUGGAGCAACACUAUCGAGCUCCUGCGCAGGAAAUGGUUGAUAGCAUCAUUCUAUCGUCGCAGGGUGAUUUGCGUAACGUGACUUUGAACGUACAUUUUGCAUCACUUAAGAAUGCACCUCGAUUGUCAACAGAAGUUGUCAAUGUUGGAGAAGUGUUGAAUAGCUCGGGUGCAACCAUCUCCAAAGGCAGAAGUAAGAAAAAAGAGCUUAAAUUAAAAUCAGUAGGAUGUAAUGAAAGUUUAACUCUGAUGCAUGCGCUGGGACGAGUUUUUAACCCAAAAUUUGAGCAAACGAGCGGAGGAACAGCCGCGGAAAAGUUCCACCAUUCGCCAGAGGACCUAGCCGAAUGUUUCAUUUCUCAGCCGGGAUCGAUGAUUUCAUUGCUACAUUCUAAUUACGUCGUUCGAUUUACCGAUAUCGAAAACAUCACCGGAGCGGCGGACGCGCUUAGUCUAGCGGAUAAGAUUAUGAGUGAGUACCGUGAAGAUUCAAUGGCCAACCAUGGGUUAAACAUCGUCAUACGAGGCAUGAUGGUGUCCAAUCGAAAAACCGCUGGCGGUUGGCAACAGAUUAAAAAGAAGAAGACCUUCAACAAACCUAGCAGUCACGAUGAGGUGCUGAGAAGGCAUGGCCUCGAAACAUCUUCGAUUUCGGCAGGCCAGUUUGUUACCGAGUAUAAACAUUAUCUGAACAUAAUUGAGGGGACAACAGAAUGGACAAUAAAUUGUACAUAAUACACAACGUGUAAUCAUUUUCAGUCGUUCUUAUUGUGAUUCAGAUCUUACUGAUUGAAUGCUCCGUACAGUAUCAAAACUGCAAAUACAGUAAAAUAAUUAGUUCAAAAA